AUGCAUGCUUUGGAGAUACUUCUCACAAGAGCUUGUGAUGAUGAAUGCACAGGACUCCUCCUCACUGACCUGGAUCGGCUAAACCAGAUGCUGCUGAGUGUUAACCUUAGUGGUCCACUGCCUGCUCCGUAUAAAAUGUUGCAUGGUUUUGAGAACAUGACACAGGAAUUAAAGCAUUUGCUUUCACCUCAGCGAGCACCAGAGAGACUUCUUCAGCUAGCACAAGAAAAUCUGGAUACCCUGGUGUCAGAAAUGGAUGAACUACUGACAAGAGCUACCAAGGUGACAGCAGAUGGUGAGCAAACCAGGCAGGAUGCUGAGAGGACUAAUGACAGAGCGAAAUCUGUUGGACAGUUCGUCAAGGGCAUUCUCCAAGCUGCUGAAGCUGCAAAGGAAGAUGCUAUAAAACUGAAUGAGACACUCAGAACCCAAGAUGAGACCUUGCAAAAGAGUCUUCCAGAACUGCAGAGGGAGGCUGACAGAAUGAUUGCAGAGUUGAGAAGCAGAGACCUGAAUAUGCAAGAAAGAAUAGCUCAAGAUGAGUUAAAGUGA